AUGGAGUGCAGCAGGCGUGCGGCCCAAGUGCAGCACACCAUCUUCUCGGAGGGGACAGCUUCCAGGCAGGCCGAUCGGCACAGACCCGGGCUGAGGCCGGGAAUGCCGGCAGCCGGGAGCCAGCUGGCCGGCGAGGGGAGACCCACAGAAGAGAUCAUCAGCCUCACCAAACAGGCCAUCCAGCACUCACGAGACAAGCUAGACCAGAUCGCAGCCACCACCCCAGAACAGGCCAACUUCAACACAGUCAUCCUGCCACUCGCCGACAACGACCUCAUCACCACCACCCCCGAAUGCUUGACCUUCUACCAAUACGUAUCCCCAGAGGAAGAGCUCAGGAAGGCGGCCACCGAAGCAGACAAGCUCAUCCAGGAGUACGACCUCGAAGUAUGCUCGCGGAUGGACAUCUACCACGCACUGCUGGCCGCCAAGAAAAACAUCAACCACCACUCACUCGACGACGAAUCAAUCCGGCUCAUCGAGAAACUGUCGAUCGAACGCACCAGGAACGGCCUCCAUCUCGACCAGGACGCCCGGCUGAAAUUCAACACGCUCAAGAACAAGAUCAAUAACCUGGCCAUCGACUUCCAGAAGAACCUGAACGAAGAGCAAGGCAAGAUCUGGUUCACCCCCGAGGAACUAGAAGGUGUCCCAGAGGACGUCCUCUCCGGCUUCGAGAAAGACGAUCAAGGCAGGCUGGCCAUGACCUUCAAGACACCCGACUACACACCCGUCAUCCAGUAUGCGGUCCGACCCGAGACACGCAAGAGAGCCUCCCUAGGCUACGACUCGCGCGCAGAGAUCAACGUGCCCAUCCUCGAGGAGAUCAUCAACCUCCGGCGAGAGGCCGCCGCCGCACUGGGCAAACCCAACUGGGCCGCCCAUGCGCUCGAGAUCAAGAUGGCCAAGGAGGUCAAGACCGUCGCCGGAUUCUUGGACGACCUGCGCACGAAGAUCCAGCCCAUCGCCCAGAAAGAGCGCCGCGAACUGCUCAAGAUCAAGGCCGAGGAAGUCCAGAAAUUGGGCUUGGACACCGAUCCGAGCAAGCUCUACGUCUGGGACUACCGAUACUACGACCGCCUGUAUACGGAGGGAAACCUGGACCUGAAGGCAGAGCUCGUCAAGGAGUACUUCCCCGUAUCGGUAGUGGUGGAAGUCAUCCUGGAGACAUACCAAGCGCUGCUCUCGGUCAAGUUCUUCCAAGUCAAGGAGGCCGAGCUGUGGCACCCCAAUGCCUCCCAAUGGGCCGUCUGGGACUCGGCGGCCGUCGAGGAUGGCCGGGCCUCCACCAAGGGCGAAGGCUUCCUGGGCUAUUUACAUCUGGAUCUCGAGCCCAGAGCCAAUAAGUACGGCCAUGCCGCCGUCUGGGGUCUGCUCCCGGGCUACGAGAAGAAGGACGGCUCCCGGCACUACCCUGUAGCGGCCAUGGUGGCCAACUUGGCCAAAGGGACCGCCCAGAAGCCGGCCUUGCUGACCCACGACAGCGUGGUCACCUUCUUCCACGAGAUGGGCCACGUCUUCCACCAACUGUGCAGCCAGACCAAAUAUUCGCGCUUCCACGGGACCAGCGUGGCCCGAGACUUCGUCGAGGCGCCCUCGCAGAUGCUCGAGAACUGGUGCUGGACGGAGAGCCAGUUGGUGAAGAUGUCCCAGCACUAUCUGCGCAAGGAGGAGAAGCUGCCCAAGGAGCUCGUCCGCAAGAUCAUCGCGAGUCGGGAUGUCAACUCGGGCUUGUUCAACUUGCGCCAGAUCUUCUUCGGCUUGUACGAUAUGCAUGUCCAUACUGCGUCUGAGACCGAAAACUUGACCAAGUAUUGGUGCGAGCUGAGGGACCAGAUCUCGCUGCUUGACUCCGACGAAGACGCGCGGGCGCCCGGGCAGAGCUCGUUCGGCCACAUUGUGGGCGGGUAUGAUGCGGGAUACUACGGAUACCUGUAUUCGCAGGUCUUUUCGGCAGACAUGUACGAGAGCGUGUUCGCCAACGACCCGAUGUCCGCCGCCGCCGGAACCCGCUACCGGGACGAGAUCCUGAAGCCGGGAGGGGCGCGCGACGAGCUCGUCAGUCUUACCAAGUUCCUGGGACGCCCGCCGAACGACAAGGCCUUCUUGGAUCGGCUCCUCAGGAACCAGGUCUGA